AUGUCCGUCCGAGACCCCGUCCCCGCCAUGUCCGCCGCCCUCAAAGGCGCCCAGAUCUACUUCGGCCCAUUCCUCGUCACCUCCCAGGUCUUCCACCUCACACCACUCUCCUUCGCCCUUGUAAACCUCAAACCCAUCCUCCCGGGCCACGUCCUCGUUUCCCCGCGCCGGCGCGUUCCCCGCGUUGCGGACCUGACCGCCGCCGAAACGAGCGAUCUCUUCCUUACCGUGCAGCGGGUCGGACGGAUGGUUGAGCGCGUGUACGGCGCGUCGAGUCUGAAUAUCGCUGUGCAGGACGGGCCGGAGGCGGGGCAGAGUGUGGCGCAUGUGCAUGCGCACAUCAUCCCGCGGAAACGGGCGGACCUGGACCAUCGGGGUGGGAUGGAUGCGGUGUAUGAUUUGUUGGAUGGGGAGGAGGGGGAUCUGAGGCGGGCGUUUGAGGAGGGGAAGGAGGGGGAAAGGCGGCCGAGGGCGAAGUUCCCUGCUGUUGAUAAUGAGGGGCGGUCGCCGAGGAGUAUGGAGGAGAUGGAGGCUGAGGCAGAGAUGUUGGCGAGGGAGAUGGAGAGGAUGGAGAGGGAGGUUGUGGGGUGA